GUGCCCUGGUUUUGGUGUUUGUGUGUCUAAAGUGGGCACAGGGGGCUUAAACUGGCCGAAAGUUUUUCAUUUCGAGGCUUUGUGCUUUGUCAAUGUUCGCUUUUGGCAGGUAGCUGGGGUUGGGCUAGAUUCUGCUUACGUUGUGUUCUUUUGUAAUUGUAUUUGCGGGAUUGUUGCAAGAUUGAGUGACUCUUUCGUUUUGCCACGAAAUUGGGGCUAUUUUUGGAGCAAUUGAGUGAUAUAUUUCAUUUCCGGAUUGCUGGUGCACGACGAUACUGUUGAAAAAGGUUCGUUCGCUGGGUCCUGAAGAUCUAAAUGGUUGCGUGCAGACAGCAUGUCUACUUUGCCAGGUCUGGCCUCCAAGGGGGAGAAAUCAAAGCAAAAGUUCCAGUCGUUAGAUAUAAAUAGUUUAUACAGAGUUAGCAGGGGUGAAAAUUUAGAGAAGCAACAACAAAAAAGCACAUUUACUUACAAACAUGGCAUGCAAAGUUUGGGAAAGGUGCCCAAUGCACGUAGGGCGCCAGCGAAUUUACCUUCUUUGAAAUCGGAACAUAGCGGAACUGACGCAUCUGUACCUUUAGUACCACCAGGCGGACCAGGAUGGGGAAAACAAGAAUCGACAUCUUCAACUUCCACCACUUCUCCAACGACAACAACUACAACAGCUUCAACUCCAAGCAGCCAACCUUCCCCACAAUUGAGUUCUCAUCAAGCUGCAAUUGCCCUUCCGGUGACCACAACAAUACCACCACCAAACAAACAUGUAACACCUUCUGCUACGCCUGCUACCACAGACAAGUCAUGGAGUGCCGUAAUGAGCGGUCCAGAUUCCGCACAUCCACCAUUAUAUCAGAGUCCUCAAUUCCAACACGAGUUCCCCAGCUUGUCCGUUGGAGAUGGCGGCCCCAUACGUACUGGUUCCGAUGCUCAGUACACGCCAGGGCUAAGCCUGCGGCCCCAAACCGAGGGCUCCUGGAUACAGGGUGGAUCUCGACCAGGUGCCGAAGGUCCCCCAAGGAGCAGCUCGGUCCCCUUGGGUGCCCCGCCACAGCUGUCGGCCCAGGUCGGCCUCCCUCAACAACAAUUGCCACCGCAAUUUCGGGCGGUCAUGCCAAAUUUUAUGUGCAAAGGUAGCUUCGCUACUGGUGGAACUGCUGGUGCUCCUACUCAAACUCCUCCGCCGAUGAAUGGACGUAAUCGGCCAGAAAAUCGCCCGCCACCGCGAAUGGUGGACGCGGAGGAAAUUACCCCAAGACCGAUCAUUAAGGAAGAAGAAUUGAGUCGCAUGGAUGAAAUUGACAAGGACAUGGGAUGGACCUGUCAUGAUGAUAUUGAUUACAACCAGAAAUUGGCUUUCAGUGAUGACGAAUCUACCACGGAGAAAAAACCGAAAAAAGAAACUAAAACUACCCCAACUACUACACCCAAUACGACCACUCAAAAAGACCACGAAAAGUCUGACUCUCAUCCGAAUGAAUCUCAGUCCCGUAACAAUUGGAACAAUAAACGUUCUUCGGAUGAGGAACUUUGGAAGCAACGUCGCCAACACAACAAGGAUCUAGAAUUAACCGUUCAGAGAGCCAAGCAACGCAAAGAAGAAGAGGAAAAACGUUUUAAUGAAGCUGCCAAACAGGGAGCUGCCAAAAAACUUCAAGAAUUGGAAGAAAGAAUGAGCAAACGUAAUCGUGAAGAAGAAGGUGUUGGGACGAUAAACCCUUCUGUAGUCCCACCAAAACCAAUUGUUCCCGCCGACAUUCCCCUCCCUGAUUUUCAAAGAGAAAAAGAAAGAGAUCGUGAUAGUCGAUCCCGAACGCCAAACGAUACAGGAAGUGACGAGAAAAGUUCAAAUUCCUUCAGACAAUUGACCCAAAUCGAGGGUAAAAACUUCGCACCUCGCAAGCACGUCAAAGGGUCUGAAAGAGAUCGUGACGUUCGCGAACAGAACGGUCCGAGUUUUUCGCGACAUUUUCAAUUGCCUCCGAGGUUUCAAAAACAAAGGAAUAACCCGAAUUCGAAUAUGCAGAGUCAAAUGCAUUUCGGGCAUAGUUUUGAUAGUCGAUGGGCUCAAGGAGGACAAGGAUUGUCAAAAACGAAUUUGAGACAUGAUAGUCCCGAUCGUGAUGUGGAUGAUGAUAGAAGGGAUUAUAAAAGACAAAGUUCUGAAGAUAGUCACCGAAGUUCACAUCGGUCACAAUCGGACUUGUCUCAUAAAUCGUCGGAUCGGUUUGGUGAUGACUCGCACGAUUAUAGGCAUCAGGAUUACGAUUAUAACAGGAAGAAUCGAGACGAGGAUAAGUGGCAAAAGGAAAACGAAAAGAAAAAGCAUGAUGAUGAUUGGCAUGGUGAUAGGAGAGAUAAGUAUCGUGAUGAUAAGCAUGAAAGGCCACAAAGGCCCGAUAGUCGAGAUUCGAGAGCGUCUAGGGAAUCACGUCAAUCGAGGGAUUCGGCACGUGAUUCAGAACCAAGGGAUCAUAUCGGCUCGUGGGCUGAUACAGUGUUUGAACCUACAUAUGAAGAAAAAAGACGGGAUCAUGGCAGAGAGGACCGACGUCAAGUUCCAGGUCCAAUUACGAAAGAAAGAAUAGAGGCUGACGAUAUGAAGAACGAGAAGCGAGGUUUGACACAAUUGAAGAGAGGCCAAAUGCCCGAUAAGAAAAUUGCGGAAAAGAAAGAUGAGAAGAUCCAAGAUGGAUCAAUUGGUGAAAAUAAAUUGCAGGACCAGUUGCAGGAUUCUGGGACAAAAGCAUGGGCUGAUGCCGUAUCACCCAAUACUAUAGACCCCGAGAAUCCUAAAUAUAUGGAUACGUUUGAAAAGAAUAAAAGCAGCUCGAGCACGGAAGCGCUUAAGCAAGAGAAUGAUUUGAAAAAGUCUGAUAACUCGGAAUUCAAGGAUAAAGAUGAUAAGCGCGGUAGAAACCGCAAUUAUCCGUCGAGUAAAGGUUGGAGUGGUAACGAAUAUCACCGGUCUACUAAUUGGCCGAAAAGACAAACAAGUCGAGGAGCGCGCCCCGGAGGGCCUCAGAGACCGGGUGAUUUCCACGGAACGGAUUCAGAAGGUUCAAUGGACGAGGUAAAUGUUGAUGGUGUCCCACUAAAGAGUCCUAAAACCGUUAAAAAAUCGGAGAAGGACGACAAAAAUAAGGAAAUCAAACAAAACGAAAAGACCGCGACGUUGGAACGAAACAAAGAUAAGCAGGACAGCAAACGCGAGAAUUACGUACCGAGAGGGGAACCGUCGAGGCAUGGACGUGGAGGUGGCAAUUUCCGUGGUAGAGGUGGUUUAAGUAAAAGAAUCGAUGGUUACGGUCCUCCACCGUCGAAAAGUCCUUUCGGUCAUCACGACGAUAAAGAAAAAAAAUUAUCAAGUGAUGAGAAUUCCGGUGAUAUAACAAUUGAAGACAAAGCUAAGCAAAAUCAGCAAGCACUAUCUGCUGGAAUCAUCGGAAGUGCUCGAAAGGAAAUGGGAGCCAAGUUGGAUGACAAAGCCAAGAGUCGGAAACCUGACCACAGAAGAGGAAAAUCGAAGACUAAAGCUGAUGGGAAACGGGACGACGAAACCGUUGAUUCUAAUUCGGAUAAUUCCGAUGAUAAAGAUGGCAAAGGUUUGAAAAAAACGCACAAAACUAACCCUCCUCUGAGAGGCCCUCUAAGCAUGAAUCAAACCCGGCGCACUAACGCUCCGCCACGUUUAACCAGUGGUGAGAAAAAAACUCAUCCAUCUCGUAAUGAAAAUCCCAUUCCGAGACAAAAUUCAAGCGGAGCGUUGCGUUCUCAAAGUGUAAUAAAGAAGGAUGAAAAGUCGGGUGAACCGAACAGUUUGUGUAGCGGCAUUGCCGAUAUUUCUCUCAAGAAUAAACCGGAGACCGAACCAGAAGAUGGUGAUGAAAAAGUCUCCCUUCAGAGUGAUUCUGAUGGUUUCCAAGAAGUCAAAAGUAAGAAAACUGGGAAGGAACGUCAGAAAUCAAUCGACGAGAAACCGGGCAAGGCGCCGAUAAAGCCGGACAAGGAUGCAGGAAAACAGGACCGGAAACCUAAGAGUAGUUCGACUGUACAAUUAACACAGCAACAAAUCUCGAACAUUCCGCCACUGAUGGCAACUCCUGUUAAUCCGCCACCGGUUUUACCACAAGCUAAUAAAAAUCCGUUUGAAAGGCCGCGUCAGAGUAAAUUGGCGCCGAGGUUUGCGAAGCAAAGAGAAAAUAAUAGACUGCAAAAAGCGCAAAUGCAACAGCAACAGAAUAUUUGUGACGUGAAUGAUAUGAACAAAGUGAAUCAAAACAUGAACGUUUACGGUAUGAAAGAUUCGUCAAGUGUUGUGAUGCCGUUGGCGAAUGCUUGGGAUAAGUCGUUAGGGGGGCCCCCGUUGAGAAAUAUCGAUUCGGAAAAUGUGUUGGGAGUUUCUGGGGAUGGAUGCAAGACUUUGGACCAUGUCCAAGCGAGUCAGAGCAACAGCCCCAGCAAUGAUAAGAUUAUCGGUAAAAGCAGUCAGUUGCAGGACAAGGCAAUUCUCGAUGGUACGACGCCUCCUGUCAACACCAUCAUUUUCGAAAACACAAAUUUUAAAUCAGCUCCUGGUUCUCGAAAUUCAAGAUCCGAUAAGCCACGUUCAAAGUUGGAUGAAGGCAUGGACGGAUCUGUGGUAUCAGGUUUCAAUAAACCUAUAUCGGAUUUGCUUUGUAAAAACGACAAACAGUCCGAGUCGAUUCAGAUUCCGCUCUCUUUUAAAGAAGAUAAUGCCGAUAUAAAGUUGGAUUUUUUUGAUUCCGAACUGUCUCAUCUGACCGAAGAGAAAAGUUCGAAAAAUUUGUGUAUGCCACGUUCGAUGCACGCCAUCACAACGGGCAAUAACACGAUUACAACGCCUGAUGCGUUGAAUUUUAAAAUACAAUCAGUGAAAAAAAUGUGGGAAACCCCAGCUGAUCACAAUGUUGGACAAGAAGAUAACAAUUCGAGUUUCUCGAGUUCGUUUGUUUCGGAUCCUAAUACGUUGGAUCCGAACGCUUUCGGUAAAGGGAACGAUACUCCCGACGAUAAUCACGAAGGUUAUAGUCCUUCUCCCAAUCAAGUUGCUUCAAACAGCACAACAAAUGUGUGCAAGGUAAAACCUACUCAGCAAGUGUCAGGUGGUGGUGCCCAAGCUGUGUUAAAUUCAGCGACUCAUCAACAGCAUUCGGGCAUCAUGGGACCAAGUCUGAUGGGGAAUCCCUUGUCACCGCCUCCUCUACAGCCGGUCAUCGGAACUGGCGUUAAUUUAGGCCAACCCCCUCAGCAAUACACGGCCAAUCAACACAUUAGCUAUCAAGCGGGUCUUGGUGGCAGUAAUCAAUACGGCAUCUCGGCCAUACCUUCACCGCCAACCGUUAUGUAUAAUUCGACUCAACAAAUACAACAGACGGGUCUCUACGGACCAUUCCAGAUCGAUCAGACUGGAGUGUUAGGUGGUCAAGGACGUUCCCAAUAUUCCCAAUAUCCUAACCAUUAUAGUUUGGGUCAGACAGCCUCUAGUCCGUAUUCGACGCAAUCGGUGUAUUUACAGACCCAACCUCACCCCCCUCCUGCGGCCCAAGCGCCGCCCGACCUUUACCAAAAUAUUAGUAAUUACAGACUGUCUGCGACAGGACCGUUCGGACAAAAUCAACAAUUGAAUAAUCCCACAACUGUCCUCAUUUCGUCCACUUCCUCCAAUUCGUUGAUGUCCGCUUCGGUCAAACCCAGCAGCCAACAAAUCAGCGCGAUUGGUACCAAAGCUGGCGGAGUUGGGCAAGCCUACCAACAGCAGUCUCAACAGAGCCAGCAAGUGUACAUGGCGUACGAGCCCGCGCUUCAGGCCAAUUAUUUGCAAAGUGCUGCAGGUGUGAUGCAAAGAGGACCCACUGGUCCCGUGCAGAACAAUGUGGUUCCCGCUUUGCAGCCUUCUUCAUCAUAUUAUUCAGGAUCGACAGGUCAGACAGGGUAUUUCCAACAGCCUGGAAGUUCUACUAUUCAGUCUGCUCAGUUACAGCAACACCAAGCUGGGUACGGACUUCAAGGCAACGUUUUUGGUACCCAUAACCAGUCUCAUACUAACGCCGGAUUGCAAAGUUUCAACUCGCAUUUUUUAUCGACUCCAAUGCAGUUGGCUGCAGCACUAAAUGCGCAACAAUUUCGGUCCAGCCUUCCAACACAGUUUAUGAAAGGCGUCGGCAGCCAACAAAUUGGUGAUCAAACAGGAAGGUCACAACAACUCAAAAGCCCCGGCAGUCAAGAAGUGCUGUCGUCGGUCUUCAACUCUGUCCUGUAUUUCCUAGGUUCGCAGAUUUCGUCCCCUAAGUUAAGGCAGAACUGUAAACAACCCCCGCCUCAACCGAGCCCAACAGCCCAACAUAAAUACAAUCUCUAUCAAGGGGUGGGCAACCAACAGUCUGGAAAUAUGCAGAGGUACCCUCCUCCAAUUCAGCGACCCGUCAAUUUCCAGCAAAUGGGUUCCGUACAACAAAACAAUUCUGCCAACAACCAAAAGCAUCGUUCUAACAAUCCUAACAAUAAAGCUUCUUCUCGACAAUAUUAUCAAAAUAAUUCAAUUUCAUCUCAGAGUGAAAAAAUCGACGACAGUAAGCUGAAUGAUAAUUCCCUGAGCAACAGCAAUUCCAACAGCGUUAAUUCGUCUGUUGCUAACAAAACCGUAAUUGGGACAAGUGCCGCAACUACGGUAGCUUCUCCGGAGAUUUCAAAAGAGGCUAUAAAUAUAGAAGAAACCACCGCUUUGAAGGAUUAAGUGUUGUCUUUUAUUGUUUUAAGCACUAAACAGUUUGUAUCGUGUUAACCAAUUUCCAAAUUUUGUACAUUAUUACUAAUUAAUGAAAGGAACCGCAAAAAUGUAUUUAUUUUUUCCAUUAUAUUAAGUAUUGAAGUUUUCUUGUAUUACUAAUAGUAAUUAUUUAUUUUUCGUGGUACUGGGACUUGAUUUGUGACCGGUUUUUCCAUAAAUUCUUUGUACACCGAUUUUAGAACUAGGAGUUGAAGUUUUAUGCUUUGCCUGAAAUAUAAAAAUAGAUUUUUUUGGUAAACGUAUAUCCUGUAUCUUAUUGUACUGGUCCAUUGUUAACUGGGCCCAGUACGAUAGUUUAGCCAGACCUUAGUAGUUUUUUUACUGUGCUCUGUAAAAAUGUUAUUACUGUGUGCACUUGCCAAACGAUAGCUUCAACUGCCCACAGUAACAGAAAUUUUUGAGCCCUUUGCCGUGCAAUGCCGACAGUGGUUCUAGCAAUUGUAGUUUUGUGAUAUGUUAAGUGUAUAGAUAUUUGAAAUCAAGGCAUUGAACUCGCAAAUCUCAAAUUUCGGUAAAUGUUUUCUACAAUUUGUCUCCAAAUCGUGGAGCUUCUAAUUUUUCUCGAGAUUGUAUAGGCUUGCCUAACCAACUUAGCGACACAAUCUCACCUGUAGCUCAUUAGCAGUGUUAGUAAAUCGUAGCCAGCAUGGAAUGUAUCGUGUAAAAAUUAUUCAGUGAGUGAAAAACUGCACUAAUGUUUUAUCACACAAACUCCAAGCUUUAUUAAACCUCAGUGUUGACGGAAAUUCGACUGAAAAGACUGCAUUCGGAAGGUGAAGUGUGUGACCUAAAAGACUCUGGAUUCGCUCUGUUUUGUUCUCUUCUACCGGCAUCAGCAAAUUACUCAGAUUAUGAAACAAAAUUGUAUAUCUUUGGUUAAGAUAUUUAAUUCUAUAAAUAUUAUUACUUCGUAAAAUAAAUGGUUUAAAUACA